GAUUAGAAGAAGCAGCUAGAAGUGGCUAACAACAAGCUCACGGACAUCUUGUCAGCAGACAAACUGAAAGAGAAGUGUACACACAUCACCGACAGGGAUCAGGGCCUGUCUGUAUUCACAGCUUUGAUUGCCAUAUCACUUUUAGACGUUGAAUGUAAGCUAUAUUUUUGACAUCCCGACAUUUUUAAUGGUAGUUGUUAUCUAGGCAGCUGGCUAGCUCUCGGGUUAGCUCACAUAUUGAGAAAGAGCGAGAUUUAGGGCGCUAGUUAUUCAGGAGCCUCUACACCCAGUGGGAAGAUGGCGCUUAAACGAAUCCAAAAGGAACUGACUGAUUUGGCACGUGAUCCUCCUGCUCAGUGUUCAGCAGGUCCAGUGGGGGAUGAUGUGUUCCACUGGCAGGCGACAAUCAUGGGGCCGAAUGAAAGUCCAUAUCAGGGUGGUGUUUUUUUCCUAACCAUACACUUCCCAACAGAUUACCCCUUUAAACCACCAAAGGUUGCUUUUACUACAAGAAUCUACCAUCCUAACAUAAACAGCAAUGGCAGCAUCUGUCUGGAUAUCCUCAGGUCCCAGUGGUCACCUGCACUCACUAUUUCUAAAGUUCUCCUGUCCAUCUGCUCACUCUUAUGUGACCCCAAUCCAGACGACCCUCUUGUGCCAGAGAUUGCCAGAAUCUAUAAAACAGACACAGAGAAGUAUAAUAGAAUGGCAAAGGAAUGGACAGAGAAAUAUGCCAUGCUGUAGGUGAAGGGCAGCUCUGCACUGUGAACAUUAGAGAUACAACAGAAUAGCGCGGGAAUGGACUCAGAAAUAUGCCAUGUGAUGUUGGCUGGACACAUUAACAAACUGUUUGUUCUCUCAUGUUUCGGACACUGUUGCAAGACCAUAUUUCUCCAUCUGUCUCUUAUGGAGGCAUAACCCCAGUUUUAUGCUCAAACAGGAAUGCAGGCCUGCUCUUGGCCUUUCCACACUACAAAGUCUGGAGAUGGACCUCGUCAGUCUGACGGACGCUCCUCCACUCUCAGCUCGGUCUCACUUCACAACACGUCAUGCCUGUAUGACCACAGUUAUCCUCUCUGAGCCGCUCGGAGAGUGAAUGUCUUUAGGUUGUUCUGCUUUUUUUGGGGCCUUACUCCUGGAGUGCAUGCAAUCGCAGGAGAACAGGUCAGAUGUUGUACAUCAGUGGGAGAUUGGGACCGAUUUCUUCUAUAUUGUGCUUGAUUGUAAAGAUUUGCAACAUUCGGAUCAGCUCUUGGCCCAACCUUUUACAGCUGUGACGACACUGAAAUACAACUCACUUGAUUGGCUUAAAUAUCUAUUUAAAGUCCUGCUACUUUUUCCCUUCAAUAAAGAUGCAUAACUCAUA